UCAGAAAAAUUCGAGGUCACUUUUGAUAAUUUUUUUUUCGCCCCCUCAACACCUAUUCUAUCUCCCUUCCCGUCCACUCAGCUUCACAUCUGCUGGCUUGUUGCUGACUUACGGAGUAUUCUGAUCUCACAUUCUCACUCCUUUUCCUUCAACUUCUCCAGUAUGGUGUUUGUUAUGGCACCUUUAAAACUUGCACCAGCUUACAAUAGAGUCCAUGAUGAGAAAAAUCUUCAUGUUACAACUCCUAGUGUGGCAAGAAACAUCCGUAAAACAUUAUGGCGGUGCUCGGCUAAUGCUACUAUUACUUCCUUGGAAGUGGAAAAUAGAAAGCAUGAUUUGUUGAGAGCAAUUCAAGACACUGAAAGGGGGCUCAAAACAACGGCUGAUCAACGGUCUUUCAUUGAAGAGGCCCUGGUGACUGUAGAGGAAUAUGAUGCUGGUGAGCCAAUUGAUUUAGCAAAACUGGAUGGUACGUGGCGUCUUCAGUAUACUUCUGCUCCUGAUGUCGUUGUCCUCUUUGACGCUGCUAGUAGAUUUCCUGUCUUUCAGGUGGGGCAGAUUUUCCAGAAAUUUGAAUGCCGAAAUCGAUCUGAUGGUGGUGCUGUCAGGAAUAUUAUCAGGUGGAGCGUACAAAACCUACUGGAGGAAAAUGAAGGUGCUACCCUCCUUGUUUCUGCAAAGUUUUCAGUGGUUUCACGACGCAAUAUCUACCUUCAGUUUGAGGAGAUCACUCUUCAAGACAUUGUCAUCAGUGAGCAGGUUCAAGCUGUCAUAGCUCCAGCGCUGUUACCGCGAACAUUUUUAAGCCUACAGAUUCUACAGUUCAUCCGCUCCUUUAAAGCUGAGAUUCCUGUAACAAGCACAAGCCCUCAGAGGCGAUCAGUAGGAGGUUUAUACUACCUUUCAUACUUGGAUAACAAUAUGCUUUUAGGUCGAGCAGUUGGUGGUGGAGGUGUUUUCGUGUUUACCCGAGCUCAACCUUUUGUCUGUUGACAAUGCUCAACUCCCAUGUUUGUCUUAUGGAUUUCUCAACUCUUAACAUGUAUUUCAGCUAUAGGAUUUGGUCAAACAGUUAAAUUUUGGUUCGAUAGGUCAUACAUGUCAUCUAUGUAGUUUCAAUUCUUAACAUGUACUAAUAUAAGUAUUCUUGUUUGUGUAAAGUUAUUCUUCCUCUAUUUUCUCGUGUAUGAAAGAUGAUAUUAGCAACCAAGGGUGAUUAAGGAUUAAGGAAGACCAUAUUUGUGUUUA